AUGAUCAAUUUCGUACAGAACUACGACUUCGAGGAGGAGAAGAGGCAAUGGACUGAGGAACAAUGGGAUCAGUUCCUCAACCUGGUUCAAGAGAUAUUAGAUCUCUCUGACUCCCAGCUGCACAUCUCCCUCCAUUUCUAUCUCAUUCUAUCUCACACAUCAGAAGAGACAUACACCCGGCUACGACAAGUAUACAACCAGGAACACCCGGAUAGGCCGCUUUUGUCGUAUGAUCAAACCCGUCGCCGUCUUCAUGCUAUUACAGGCAUCUUUCCUCUCCAUGUGGACAAAUGCAAGAACAACUGCUUGGCGUUCUAUGGACCCUACACCAAGCUUUUGAGAUGCCCAUACUGCGAUGAAGAGCAGUUUGAUCGUAACGAGAAGCCGAGGUCGACCUUCACCACCAUACCUAUUGGACCCCAGCUACAGGCCCUAUGGCAGCAUCCCAAAUCAGCAGAGGCACUCCACUCACGUUCACGCUGCACGACUCAAGUACUUGAAGAACGCUAUAGCCAUGAAGGCAUCAAGAGCUAUAGCGAUAUCAUUUACGGGUCUGACUACUUGGAUGCAGUGGAAAAUGGGACAAUUAACGAGGACAUGAUGGUGCUGCUGUACUCAGAGGAUGCUGCACAGCUCUACCGGUAA